CGUCGCCAGCAUGUCGGCCGCUCCGCCCACGUCGACGCAGCCGACGCUCAAGGUCAUGCGGCUCUACAAGCCGCGGCUCCACGUCGAGCAGUCCAACGGCCGCGACUUUGAGCUCUCCAACAUGCUCCUGCUGCCCGACAGCUUUGGGAACAUCUACCUCGGCGAGACCUUUAGCAGCUACAUUAGCGUCAUCAACCAGUUUGCGUGCGACCUGCAGCAAGUGGGCUUGACGGCCAAGCUCCAGACGCCGACAACGCGCAGCGAUCUCGCCGACACGCGCGUGUCCCGCGGCGGCUCGACGCCGCCACCCAACCCGAUGCCCGUGCUGCCGAGCGGCGGAAACCUCGACAUGGCGGUCGAGUAUGAGCUCAACGAAGUCGGCGUGCACACGCUCCGCGUCGGCGUCUCGUACUGUGACCCAGUCACGCUCGAGGCCAAGUCGCUGCGCAAGUUUUACCGCUUCAACGUGCUCAACCCGCUCACGAUCACGUUCAAGCACUUGCUCAUCCAGGAAGAGUCGUUUGUCGAGGCCAAGAUACAGAACAUCACGCAAGCGCCGUUGCACGUCGAGACCGUCCACUUCCUCGCGUCACCGCCCUUCCGCGCCGUCGAGCUCGCGACUGUCCGCGACCCCGAAACCGACCGCCAGGCGUACGUCGGACCGGAAGAGACACUGCAGCGCGUCUUCAAGGUCACGUCGCCGCAGCUCGAUCUGUCGCUUGGCACGCUCAACCUCGGCCGCCUGGAGGUUGCGUGGAAGAGCAGCAUGGGCGAGGCCGGGCGUCUCCAGACGCAGCCCGUCAUGCGCAAGGUCGGCAGUCUCAAGGAGGCCAGCGUCUCGAUCGUGGCACCCAAGCAGCCGCUUCGCGUGGGCCAACCGUUCGCUGCGACCUUCCUCGUGCACAACAACGGGACGCGGCCGAUGAACCUCCAGCUGCAGCUGCGCCGCGAGCUCAUGACGGGCAUCGUCUGCAGCGCGCUUUCGCACCAGAACGUGGGUGUUGUCUCACCCAACGGCAGCACGCAGCUGGACGUCGAGUUGCUGCCGCUUAUCGCAGGGCUGCAGCAGAUUCAAGGCGUCUUCAUCGUCGAGCUCGAGACGCACGUCGAGUAUCCGCAGGAGAAGACCUUGCACUUGCUCGUAAACUAAAUUUAGUCGAAACGAUACGACUAGACUGUGUC